UGCCGCAGCCAGUGGCUGCUCCUCCCCAGAGGCAGCCGCAGUGGGGGCCAGGGCAGAGGUGGGACCUUGGUCCCUUGGGGCUGGGACUUGGUUGGUCCAGGCUGCAGGGGAAGCAGGAGAGGUGGCUGUGCCAGCGGAGGUGGCUCUGAUCCCCAGGCCCACGGGGAGCAUCGGGGGAUAAGCCAGCACGAAGCGUGAGGUGGCUGCAGGCCGGCAUGGACGGGGCCCCACCACCCGCCAGCCCCGCCGGGCUCUCAGCGUACGUGGCCGUGUCGCAGCUGCUGGGCCUGACGCUGCUGGCCACCACGGGCGCCUGGCUGGGCCGCUACCGGGGCGGCGUGGCCUGGCACAGCCCCCUCCAGUUCAACGUGCACCCCCUCUGCAUGGUGCUGGGCAUGGUCUUCCUCCAAGGUGACGCUCUCCUGGUCUACCGGGUCUUCAGGCACGAAGCCAAGCGCCCCACCAAGGUGCUGCACGCGCUGCUCCAUGGGCUGGCGCUGGUCAUCGCCCUCGUCGGCAUCGUUGCUGUCUUCGAGUCCCACCGCAGCAAAGGCAUCCCCGACAUGUACAGCCUGCACAGCUGGUGCGGGAUGGCCACCUUUGUGCUUUACCUCCUGCAGUGGCUCCUGGGCUGUGGUUUCUUCCUGCUCCCCGGUGCCUCCUUCUCGCUGCGCAGCCGGUACAAGCCCCAGCACAUCUUCUUCGGCAUUGCCCUCUUUGCCCUCUCCAUCGCUGCCUGCUUGCUGGGCAUCACCGAGAUGCUCCUCUUCAACAUCAGGGAUUCCUACAGCCACUUUGUGCCUGAGGGUGUCCUGGCCAACACCUUGGGGGUGCUGCUGGUGGUCUUUGGGCUGGUGGUGGGCUACGUGUUGACGCGGGAUGACUGGAAGCGCCCGCCGCUGGCUGAGGAGCUGGCCCUCUCCAUGGACUUCAAGACCCUGACGGAGGGCGAGAGCCCCGGUGGUGGCAGCCAGUGACGUCCCCAGCUCCCUGGUCCCCAGCACGGGCUCCUCAGGGUGUCCCCCUGCACCCCAGCCCUGGUGUCUUGGGGUCACCCAGCUCAGGGUGAUGAGAACAGCUGGGGAAGGACACGCUUGAUGUUGUAAUGCUGCUUGUUGGGUUCAGCCUUGCUUGGCCUUCACCUUCCUCAGCUCUGCCCCACACAGCCCCAGUGACCCCCCGAGCCUGCCCCCAGCCCCACGGGGACAGCGGUGCCACAGGCAGGGCCAGGGGCUGGCAGCGGUGCUGGGGCACGAAGGACAGGGGUCCCGGGGGGACUGGGGAACAGGACUCCAGAUUUCCCUGCUGCGAGCGGCUGAAGCUCAAAUGUCCCAGUGCCGACGGGCAGAGGGGACAUUUGCCAUCACGAGGUGUCCCGCUGGCCAGCAGCACGGCUGUGCGUGGGGACUGCUCCCCGCAACGGGCUCCCCGUGGGCUCGGAGCAACCCGGUGCCUGCGCAGGUUCAGCAUCUUUGUAUCCGAAAUGUUUCCUCCUCUCGCGCGAUGUGUUGUCUGCUCAGCAGAUGCUCCCAACCUAAUAAAU